AUGUUGGGAGUGGGAAUCAUUUCGACGUUCGCUGUUCUGUCCGCGAUUUGCAGCGGACAGGCCUCGGCUUACCGCCAUGCCGCUUAUGGCAGCCAUUCGCCUUCACAGGAUGUGGAAGACCGUGUUGUGCCAAGUACUGAACACACGCAUCAGCUUGGAUCCCAUGAAGCCGUGAUUAAAUCAAAUGGAGUGAACAACCAACAGACUGAUGUGAAGCAACAUGGUGUAGAAAGGUCUAGAAAGCAUAGUAGACGUACAUUGUCUAAUUCGAGAUCUCUGGACUCACUAUCAAAUUAUGAAAGGCGAGGAAUCCAUCGCCAUUCCAACAUGUCUGGUGCAGGGAAGGACUACAUUAUCGCAUUGGAAGCUAUGCCUCGUCUAUCCAACACAACAUGGAAUAAGAAACUUGCUGCAUUUGUUAAGCAAUUGGUUCAGGCUCUUUCUUACCUCAACGGGAGAAAUCGCCUAUCAUUGGUGACAUUUAAUAGCACAAGCGAAAAAUGGUUGGACAGAGGUUUUAUAAACAAGGAUACGGUAACGUCAGUGAGCAAACGAAUCGACAAGAUGUUUGAAUCUAUGUCCAAUGCCGAAGAAAGCAAGCCCGGAGAAGCUUUGAAAUUUCUUCGUGAAUCUGUUUACCACAAUGCCAACAAAUACCUAUUAAAUGAUAAGACCACGGAAUUAAACCUUAACUCUGCUGCCGGCAAGGACACCGUAGUGUUUAUCGUUACAAGUGGUGCCGCAAGUGACAAGGAAUUAGCAGUACGGGAAGCAUUCGAUGCCCGUCGCAACGGGGUUACGUUGUUUGUAAUUGAGAUGGGAACGAGAUGCGAGAAGUUUUGGGCUACUGUUGUGGGUUGCCGACAACAUUUCAGCUGCCCACAGUACGUUACAACACACAAGAAAGAUUUGUUGAGUAAAGUCGAACAAGUUAUGAAACAAGUCAGGUCUCAGAGGAGAAGGGAUGCCAUAUGUCACGAGAAUUGGUCAGAAUACUCUCCUUGCAGUGAGCCAUGCGGUACCGGAAUUAAAACGUCAAAGCUUAUUAGUUUUAACACAUUGCUUACCCCCAGCAAUGGCAACGGAGAGAUCAAGGGACGUACGUGUGAGAAACAAUUGCAGAACGUGAAGAACAAGUACCCAUCAAUGAUCGAUGAGGACUUUGAUUUCAUCGAUGAGCAAGAUGACGAAGAUUUCGACGAUUUGUAUGAAGAUGAGGGGUAUGAAGAUCAGGAAGAGCAAGGGCUGAAUGAAGACGAGACUGGAGAUGCAUAUGAAGAUAUAUGGGAGGGUCGUGAUGAGCACAAGCAGCAAGAUUACCUGACUGAUGAUAAAGAUGCGGAUGAUACAUAUGGGGAACGUGAAGCGCAGGAGCUGCAUAACUACCUGACCGAAGAGACAGAUGAUAAUAAGGCAAAGCGCAAGGAGUAUCCCGGUGGUCACCAAGAGGUGCAUAGCCAGGAGUUUGAGAUGGAUGAUGAUGACCUUGAGCUGCAGCUGUCACCCGGAUCCGCGACGUUUGAGAGUUUGAAGGUCAAAUCGGAGUGGUAUGAGCCUGGCGUGCGUGGAGGUGCGAUUAAACCAUUAGUUCCGCAGGAAGAAGUUAACCUCAAAAAAAUGAGGAUUGCAAACAUAUAUAAGAAGACGCCCCCACCGACGCACAUCCCCAAGUUGUACGACGAUGACAAGGGUAUAGAGGAUAUGCUUCGGUACGCACCAGUUGCAAACCGCAGGAUUGGCCAAUGCCAGUGGUUGGGUAAGGAUUACGUUGUUGCCUUGGAUGACAGUGCACACCUCCACAACGCAGAGGAGCACAACAAAAUCCGCUCCUUUGUGAAGUUGCUUGCGUAUGCACUUUCCGCAACGAUAGGUACCAACACACUCUCGCUGGUGAGCUACAACAAAACCGCCAGGGAAGUGCUGGGCAGGACCAUCAUUGAUAAGGACAACAUCAGGUCCGUGGGAGAAAAGAUUGACGGCAUGUUUGACUCUAAGAACAGUGCUGACGAGGCUAAUCCUGGGGAGGCUUUGAAGUUCCUGCGUGAGUCAAUAUAUCAGGAUCCUGAAGAAUACCUAGUAAAUGACAAGGAGACCGAGUUGCGUUUUGUCCAUGCGCCAGGAAUUGACACGAUCGUGUUCCUCAUAACCACCGGAGCAGUUGCUGACAAAGACUUGGCUCGCGAUGAGGCUUUCAACGCACGCCGCAAUGGUGUAACCCUGUUCGUUGUGGAGAUUGGGAAGGAGUCGGAGCGAUUCUGGCCCAGUGCUAUGGGAUGCCGGUACUACUACUCCUGCCCUAAGUAUAUUUCUACGAGUGCGUCGGGAAUAAUGGGUACUAUUGGCCGUGUGAUAAAAGGCGUCUGCCGUCAUGAUGGUAGGGAUGCGGUGUGCCUCGAGGAAUGGUCUGAAUUCUCACCUUGCAGCAAGACGUGCGGUACUGGCGUUCAAACUGCAACCCUUCUGGGUUUCACGGAGUUGCUGAGUCCCAGCAAUGGUGAGGGUGAAGGCAGGGGUCGUAGCUGUGAGGACCUAUUGGAGAAUGUGAAGGUGAAGCAGGUGUUGUGUAACACGCAGCGUUGCGACACGGAAACAUCCCCCGAUGCCGCUGUAGGAGGUGUGGCUGAGGGCCUGCCUGAAAACCGCGUAAGCGGCGGUGAGGUUCAUGGCGAGGAGCAUGCCGUAUCCGGUGCUCACAGGACCGAGGAAAUAGCAGUGUCCGAUGGCGGCCAUCAUGUGGAAGACAGAUUGCUGAGUGAAGACUCCCUUGUGUCGAGUGAACCAUCGGUGGUCACUGAGCCGAAGGAAGUCGCAAUUCCAGAAGAAGCGGUAACUCGCGAUACUAAAGGCUUGGGUGAGGAUCUCGAGAGCACGGAGGAGGAGGUGCACGCACGAGCUGAACCUCAGGUUGAUGUGUCCACUAACGAGAGUGACCAUCACAGCCAGUCCACCGUGGGAAGCGUCAGCGAGCACAGUGCCCAUGAAGAGGUGGGAGGCCGCUCCGCAUUGGACUCAUUGAGCGGUGAAGCGGGCCGCGCUCGUACCCAUGGUAGCAGUGUCAGUGAUAGGCAACUGUCUACCGGCAGCACCCACGACCGACAGGUGAGCGGAAGCCAUGCUUUAGUUCCGGAUGUUAUAUCGUCGGUGUUGCCAACUCAGGAGGGUGAUGGUAUUAGCAACCCGGAGGAAGGCCAGUCAUCCAAAGCAAUUGACGAGCCCCAGCCAACGCAGGCGGAGCAACGUGAAAACGACAUAACUGGCCAACACCAAUUCACAAGCCCUGCAUCACACACGAGCGGCAGCACAACCCAUGGCUUUGAAGGUGGUCAUCGCAAUGUUCAGUACCAGGAUGAUUCACAACGUCGUCAGAAUGUGACCGGUCCCACCCAUGUAGGAACCAAGGACGUGCAUCACAACAUUCCCGGCAGAACGGACUCUGAGAGCGAUCUGCAGCAGGGUACAAAGGGUGAGGAGAGGAAAGAGAUGACUGAAACACAGCACUUCGGCACCGAUGUCACUAUGCGUACCGACGACAGCGCAACACACGGCAUUGAAACAGCUCAGGAAACUGCCCAUCACGAGGACAAGCCUCAGGACCAUGGAUAUGCGUCUGAUCCCUCACAUGGCCACACCAACCCUCCGUAUCACAGCAUUGCCGGCCGGCAGGCUAAGGGCGACGUCCACUCGCACGCAGAGCAUGAGGGCAGCCACGAGCAGGAUGAUUCGAAGCGCACCGGUGCUGGCACUGGCACCGUUGUCAUGAUGAGUGCCGCUGGCAGCGCCCUGCUUGUAUUAGUAGCAGCCGCAGUUUUCCGCCGUUACGCAUCGGAUAUGAAUGGUGUUGUGGUAGCAGAGGAGAGUGAGUUUUUGAGUGGCGAAAGCGGCGGCAAGACUGAGGAAGCGGAAACAUACAGAGUUACCGAUGCAAGCGACAAUAUUUGGAUGUGA